GAAUAUACAUCCGUUGCAAAACUUGUAUUUUGAAAUCAUUUUUGGAUAGCGAAGAUCUCUCACCGUACACCAAUAUGGCUAAAACACUCGAAGACCUACCGCGUGAAAUGUUCACUAGUAUUGGACAAUUUCUACCAAAAGAUUCCCUUGCAAGACUAGCACGAUGCUCCAAUCACUGUUAUACUUCAUGUAUUGAGUAUCUAUACUCUCACUGCACUGUGAGAAAUCGGAAAAUGUUGAAGGAACUGAUCAACACUAUUCUCAAUAGACCGGUAAUUGGACCCAGCAUCCGUUGGCUCGAUCUACGCCACUUUAACUUGACAGAUUUGUAUUUCAUACCCCCCUGGAAGAUAACUUCGCUUGAUCUAUACAAAAAGGCUGUAUUGGUGCAAAACAACUUGGUUUCUUGGGAUACCCCUAUCUGGAAGCGCGAUUGUUGGAUGGAUAUCUCAUGCUGGGCUUUGAUUACAGUACUUCUUUGUCUCGUUCCAGAACUCAAGGUACUGGGGCUUCCAGACCUAGAACCAGACUUACGUGGUAAUCAGGAAUACUUUUUGGGGGGAGAUUAUUACGAAGUCUCUGCAUUCAGUGACUUCAUUACUCAACUCACAGAAGACCAACAUACUGAAUCUUCAGACAGCGCUUCUCUAAGAGUGCUUACAAAAUUGGAGAGCAUAACAAUUGGACUCGAUUUUCACCCCAGGAGAACGCAAUUGAAUUCCAUCAUGCCACUUAUGGCCCUGAAAUCCGUGAAAAGAUUCAAGGUUGUCUGGAUGUGGCAUUGCUCCUGGAUGGAGAUGUACCGGGUAAAAUCCUUUACACCGAUACCAAAUAUUGAGGUUUUGAAGUUUGAUGAGUGUAUUUUCAGCGAUGAUAUCGUCACUUUCCUCGGACGUUUCACAGGCAUUCAAAGAUUUUGUUUGAGUGCAUCUCCCAAAGCCCUAGAUGAGAUGCUCAACGACGAGUCCCUGUUUCUUGACGAUGUUUUGGAAGGAUUAAAAUCCUCGAAACACUCAUUAGAAUACGUCGAUGUUAGGUCUGUUCCUUGUUCAAUGGAUGACCAGCCUCUCUCAUUGUCUGAAUUCAAACGACUACAGGUUGCAAAAUUUUACCCACCUCCUUCAAUAUGGUCGAGUGGAAGCUUUCCUGAGAAUGAAUCUCGGUUGAGCAAUUCUUUGCCGCCCGGAUUGAGGAUUUUGGCAUGGGAACUAUUUCAUGUUAUCCACGACGUUAUUAACUUGAAACAACUCUAUGAGCUCGUCGCCCAAAAGGAAAAAUAUACUCCUGAACUACGACAGAUUGAACUGCUUUGGAGCGACUGCAAUCCUAGAUAUAGGUGUAAAGAUUGUAAGAAUAAUUGCGAAUGGAACGAAAAAAUCCCAUUCUAUACGGAGCUUAUUGCAGAGUGUAAAGCAAAGAAUGUUCGUAUUUUCUCGAAUCACACUUCAUGGAAGGGUAGCGGCACCCCUGAUCCGGAAGACUUAGAAAACAAUUAAGGACUUCUGGGGAGGUUAUAAUGGCUUUCCAGUUGGCGUUCCAACUUCCGCAGCCAUUGUGGAAACUUGCAGAGUAGGCCACGAAGCCUUCGUACAUGUAUCAUUAAGAUUUGCUGGCUUUAAGGGGGAGGCUUUAAGGGGGAGGCUUUAAGGGGAGGCUUCAAUUAUUAUCUGGGUUGUACUUCUGACUAAGUCGUGGGGAUAGAACCUUGUCACAAUACUCAUUCAGCUCA